CAUUUUUUGUGUAUUGGUUAUUGUCAGGAAAUCUUGGUUUGAAAUGAGAGAAAAGUAAAAAAAUGGCGGUACAAACGAUCGUUGCUUUUGGUGCUCUUCUGGCGGCGGCCAAUGCUGGUCUUUAUGGACACGCAACCUCCUCUCAAAGCAUUGUACGUCACGAUGGAGGCCAUUACGCCGCUCCACUGGCAUACGCUUCUGUAGCAUACGCACCCGUCGCUCAAUACGGUCAUUACGGUGGUGCUCACUAUGACGGAAAUGACUUUUAUUCUCACCCCAAAUACGACUUCGCGUACUCAGUAGCCGACCCUCACACCGGCGACCACAAAUCCCAGCACGAGAGCCGCGACGGUGACUCCGUGCACGGCUACUACUCCCUGGUGCAGCCCGACGGUUCCGUCCGUAAGGUGGAAUACUCCGCUGAUGACCACAAUGGUUUCAACGCUGUCGUACAUAACUCCGCUCCCCUUGUUCAUGCUGAACCUGCCUACCACCAUUAUUACUGAACGAAGCUGUGAUAAAAUUUAAACAAAUUAUCAAUCAUUUAUAUACAAUACAUUAGUUAUUGUUA